AUGGGUGACUACGGCAUCACAAACAUGAACUCCAAAGAGGUCUCCAUGCUCAUAUUCGGCCUCGGAUGGACCUCCACCUUCCUAGUCCCCCUACUCCAGAAAGCCAAAAUCGAACACGCGGGCACAACAACCACAGGUCGAGAUGGAUCUUACAAAUUCAAGUUCAAUUACGAUCCUGCACGUGAGGGGCUGCCCACAGAUAAUGAUGAUCUGGAGCAAUACCGCGUUUUGCCCACCGCUGAGGCGCUUCUGAUUACUUUUCCGAUCCGGGGGAAAGCGGCUAUGGAGUAUUUUAUGAAGUGUUAUCGCGAGACACAUGAGAGGGAGAGGUAUAGGGUUAUUCUGCUGGGUAGUACGGGGAUUUGGAGUAUCGAGGGACAGGACAAGUGGGUUACGAGGCAUUCGAAGUAUGAUGUUAAGGAUGGGAGGGCGGAGGCCGAGGAUUGGUUGAUGGGGAAGGGUGGGUGUGCGUUGGAUCUUUCGGGGUUGUGGGGUGGGGAGAGGCAGGUUUGGCAUUGGGUUGAUAGGGUUGCUGCUUCGAAGGAGCAACUUAAGUCUAAGAAGUCUUUGCACAUGAUCCACGGAGAAGACGUCGCUAGGGCCAUCGUAGCAGUUCAUCAAAAGUGGUCAGCAGCGAAAGGACAAAGAUGGAUGCUCACAGAUCUCAAUGUUUAUGACUGGUGGCAACUGAUUCUUGGUUUCGGCGGUGAAAUCGAUUCUCAGAAAGGAAACGACGAAAGAGCCAAAACACAACUCAAAUGGGUUGGAGAACUCAUGGAAGAGGAAAACGUAAAAGCCUUGCCGAGAUCGAUGGAUCAAUUGGGGAGAUGCUAUGAUACGAGGGAGUUUUGGACGACUUUUGGGUUGAUGCCUACAAGAGCGAGGCUUUCAGACGUAAAGCUUUGA